UUCCCUUGUGUCACCUACCAGGUUAAACAUUGACGACAACGCAUUUGCUACUCUAACACCUUAUCAAUGUAGAUUAAAUAUCAGCCGGAUUGUCUCUGUUAACACUGUGUUUUACAUGCAUGUUUUUACAAAGUGUUGACGGUAGUUCUGUCAUUUUGAAACUUUUUUAUAGUUCGGACCUUUCUCCGAACGCGACGGAUGUUUAACGCAAUGUAAAGAAUCGCCUGGCAAUUAAAGGGGCAGUUAAGCGGGAUGAGACAGCCAGAAAGUAACAGGACAUGAAAUCAAUCAUAAUGGACGGCACGAACACUGUACUAUCAAACAAUAAGGCAGGUAUGCGGAUACAGACAUGACAGAAACAAGACAUACAUUAUGUCAUAAUGGAUGACAGUAACACUAUUAUACCAAUACCAGAGGAAAGUGUGCAGGAACUGACAGCUCAUACUUUUAGAGGAAAACAGGACACACAGUCAGUCAGCGGUAGUGACGUUAUAAUACCAAACACUAUGACAAAGGUGGUGGAAAUGAAAGCACGGACAAACAGAGAGGAACAGGCCACAGAUUCGUUCAGAAAGGAGGGCAGUAAAACUGUAAUAUUCAACAAAGAGGCAGGUUUGCAAGAAUUGACAGAAGCAACAAUAAGCGGCGAUCCUGACCUAGAAUCAUUCGUAAUAUAUAGCAGAAGCACUAUACUUUCAACCCCAGAGGCAGGUGUGCAAGCACUACCAACACAGACAAAAAUAGCAGAGAAGGACAUUACAUCGGGUAUAAAAGAUACAUUGAUGGCACAGGCAGACAAAGGGAAACAUGUUAUAAAAUCAGCCAUAGUGGACGGCACCAACGCUAUUAAAGAGGGAAUUUUGGAUAAAGUGGUCGUUUUGAAAAGGGGAAUCAGAGAUUUGAAGACCAAAUUUGACAAGGAUUCGCAACGCUCAGGGAUCGUUCAAGAUGAUGAUCGGUGUCACGUCUGCACUGUAAGUCCGAUCUUGGGUACCCGUUGGAAAUGCAGAGCGUGUCCCAACUAUAACAUGUGUUCCUUGUGCUUUAACGACUAUAGAAGGACGCACGACAUGGCGCAUUCAUUUACAGAGAUUAAAACACCUGGAAGUAUAUCAACAAAAGGACGAAAGAAGGAACAUGAAGUACAGGGAUCGCCGUCUGAUUUGACUGAGAUGACACGCGAUGAACACGUCAAAACAGUUUAUCUGGAACAUUCCAGCGAGGAAUUCAUAACCGUGAUGAGCAAGUUCAAUCACACGCUUGAUAAAAAUAUCGUCAGUAUACGGAGUGUUCAAAACAAGUUUCUUUGGGAGUUUUACUUUGUGAAACGCGAGCAGAUGGAGAAAAUGAAUAGAAAAUUCGGCGCGAACGAGAAGAUCCUCUUCCACGGAACCAAACCGGAGAUAAUUCAUAAUGCGUGCGCUCACAAUCUCGACAAACGCAUGGCCGGAACAAACGUCGGUGCGAUUUUAGGCAACGGCACAUAUUUUGCUUCGGCAGCAAAUAUGUCAGAUGCGUACACUAGACCUGACCCUACAACGGGUUACAGGUAUAUGUUGCAGUGUCGUGUACUGGUGGGAGAAUGGACUAAAGGGCAACCGGGUUUACAGAGGCCGCCGGAAGUGGCCCAAACAUCGGAUGGUCAGUAUCGAUCUUGUGGAGCUGUAGUGGUAAGCGGGUUUUGCUCUUGAUCUCACGCUGAAGAGCUUCUUUCACGCAAACCUCCACGCAGAUAUUUGAUUGCAACCAGCAUGCCUGGAUCAAAUCCCUGUCGUAAUAACCAACCCCGUGAUGAUGAUCGAGCCACGUGGUACACUUAUGUUCCAGUUGUUAUUUCUUCCUUUCCCUUUUUUUAUUUUGGUAAUUUAUUGUUUAGUAUGAAUAUAAACUUAUUAACAAUUUUCAAAAUAUAAAAUAAAAUGAUACUUCUUUUCAUAAUAUAUAGUUAAACAAAAUAAAAUAGCAUCAUACCAAAUCUGGUAGGAUGGUCUUGUUAUGGCAGAGAUUGUAUGUGGGAGCAAGGAAUGCUAACUCUGCGUUGAGGUUGCUGUCACGCUCGAUAUGAUACACGUUUUAUAAUAUAGUCCCUAUGUUUCGAUUUCAAAUGGUUUUGAGGUCCUACGCGAUAAAAGCGAUCUAUUUCGUCAACGGAUAGAUUCAAAAACAGGAUUUAUGCCAUUGAACAAAUAUAUUGGCCGUACUCCAGUAUUAGGGAUCUCAGUGACCCGUAGACAGUUUCGACGGCUAUGUUGUUACGCACGAUCAGCUGGCAUGUGUUCAAUUAUCUGGUCAUUGAGGGUCUGGUUUUCAUGUUGAAUGGAUUUUAUUAAACUGUUGAGAAACUCAUUUAUGAAGCGAAUGACUUGCUUGCGGUAAUAACAUUUGUACUACUAAGCUUACAAUUCUUUCUACACAUUCUGUCAACAGUUCACGGACUUUCCUCAACAAAUGGGUAGGUGUAGAUAUAUACAAAAACCACUCAACUUAUUUUGCGAUUUUGUUAAUUAUAAGUUAUUAUACUGUUGGUCGAUUUUGUCUAGCGUUGGUUUGAAUAAUGCAAGUAGAUUUCUAAGUUGUACCUGUAGUUUACACACGUUUUCAAAUAUUAUGUAAUUAACCGUUGUGCGGCUAACUGCGCAGUUCAUAUUUUAGAAAGGAUAUUCAACACAUGAUGCCAUUUUAAUAUUGAUUUCAAUGAAAUAAAAUUAAUUCUAUAAAAAUAAACUGUUUUUAUGUUAUAUACAUCGAGAUGAUAAACUGUUUCUUAUAGUAUAUAAACAAUAUUGCAGUUAAAAGGCAUAUAAAAGGGUAAGCAUUUAAAUGUAAAGUAACGUGUUUAAGCAUGUUAAUCUUACUUAUAUUUUUUCAGUUAUUAAAGUCGCACACCUUGAAAUGAAAAACAUGGCAUAGUAAAUUCAAGUAUAAAUAAAAAACAAUUUUUAACUAUGCCAAUUAGAAUAUAUCUGGUGGUAACAAGGUAGAAAUCCGUCUCUUUUACGCUUUAAAACUUAAAAACAAUCGCGUUUGUCGAAAAUGGACGUAUACGUCUACAAAUCCUACUGUCGGUUUUAAAAACUUAUCGUUUGAAAAAACAUAAAUUACUUGCUAAUAUAUUUUUUUUUAUUAUCUCAAUUAGAAUAUAUCGUGUGGUUACACGGUAGAAAUCCGUCUUCAUUGGUCUGCAUAACUUAAAAAUAAUCGCGUUUGUCGAAAUGGACAAAUACGUAUAUAAAUCCUACUUUCGAUUUUAUAAUUUAAAACAAAUAAUACAUAACUUGCUAACUAGGCUAUAGAUUUAAUGAUAAUUUUGCACACUUUCAAAUUGCAUCUAUAUGUAUUGAUUAACAUUAACUUAAUUUCAAGAUGUGUGGCUUUAAGUUGCACUGAGGCAAGGGGAGGGAAUUGUGCCGAUUGUGUUGUCUUCAUUUGUUUAACACAUUGAACUUUACAAUAAAAUAAUAUUAACUCUCGUUUGGAUACAUAUUAUAUGGUGUAGAUUUUACCAUUAUUUGCUGGUCAUUUGACUUUUGUAAGACAGUCAUUUGCUUCAGAUAAAACACAAUUAGAUAACUUAUAUGUAUAUUGCAAUUAUUGGGGGCUACCUGUUAAUACAUCAAUAACAAGGUAUUUCGGUAGAGGGUGCAUUACAAAAAAAGGACAAAAUGUGCAUACAAUUGUACUGAUAUUGAACUAUGUAGGCACCGUGUUGGAAGAUACUGGAUGUAUAAACUAACCCAUAAACCAUUGGGUGAUUAAAAUCUUAAGGUCAUUAAUGCAGUAUUGUACAAAUGCAAUGACAUGGACAUAAAACCAAGCAUAUAUUGUUUGACAUGUUUGUUAGAAUUCAAACAUGCUGAACACUGAGAAUAUCAUUAUGCAAAUUACUUACAAACACGCUUUGAACGAUUGUAAUAAAGGUUAUUUAAACAUGGUCGUAAAUGUAAAUAAUGCUACAUAAUUUAAAAUUCACUUAUGUUAUGAAAAUUUAAACGUUGUACACGUUUAUAUUUUUAUUUUUAUCAUUAAGUAGACUUGUCGAAACAUAACAAAAAUAUCGAUAGGGUAAAAGGAGUAAUAAUAGGCACUGUAUUAGAUAUGUGAUUAUUUGUGUAAGAUUAAGAGUCUCUGAACACCUGUUUACAAUCCAAACUGGUUGAAAUGUCAAAAAUAAUAUACUACAAAAUGAACGUUAUUGUUUAAAGUUGUAAUAGCUUUUAUUUAAAACACUAUCUUAAGUUUAUAUGCAUAUGCUGCUGUUUAAUUUAUCUAAAAGAUACAUAUAUAAGCCGUUUAUUUAUAUAAGCUCAUCUGUACAUAAAUUCCACACACGCUAUUUGGUUUAUUUGACAAAUAUGUAUGUUAAUUUAUCAAAGACGAUAUUGUUAAUAAGUACAACUAUUCUUAAUAAUCUUAAUAAUACUGUUAAAUAAAUGUAAUUACAA